AGCUAAACCCUUUCUUUCUCCUUCCACUGAUCAUUUUAAGUAGAGAUCAGAAAACCUCUGAACGAUCUCAAAAUCACUGCAGAAAUACACACUUUCACACUCCCAAACGCGCACAGAAGCAUAAAGAUGGCAAGUAGAUUGGGAAGAAGAGUAGUACACUUUGCAAACCUACCAAUUAAGCUCCUCAUGCCCUCCUCUUUCUCCAAUAUUAGGGAAAUUGCCCUCAAAACCAUCCCUUCUGCCUCCAAGAUUGAGAUAAAGAGGGUUUUAGAGUCCCUUUAUGGUUUUGAGGUUGACAAAGUGAGGACUUUGAAUAUGGAUGGGAAGAAGAAGAAGAGAGGUGGGCUGUUGAUUGCGAAACCAGAUUACAAGAAGGCUUAUGUGACCCUGAAAAAUCCUUUAUCAAUUUCACCUGAUGUGUAUCCCAUUAGAAUGAUUGAGGAGGACAAGAAGAACAUGGCUAAGCCCUCGAAAAAAUCAAGCAUGUUGGAGGAUGGUGAGCCCAGGACUCCACAUUGGCUUGAUGAGAGGAAAGAUAGGUCCAAUGGGUUCAGGCAAGAGAGGUUCGGAUCCCCUCGUCGUGGUGGCCAUAGUCGUGAUGGUCCUGGUGGUGGGGGUAGUACUGGUGCAGCGGCUGCCAAGUUCCCGUGGAGCAGUAUGAAGUCCUUUGCUAGGUAGAAUUCAAAAUAUUCUGCUGUCAAAUUUGAGAAUUAGCAUUUUGGUGAUCAAGUAUGAAGUCGAUUGCUAUGUAGAAUUUGGAACAUUUAGUUUUUGAAAUGCGAGAUGAGAAUUGGUGUUAUUUAUGUGGCUGGGUUGAUAAGUUACUUAGCUUUUUAGCUUUAUUAGCUUCAACAAGGUUAAUGAUGAAAGAUGACGAUGUAGUAUUAAUACGAGUAUACAGGCAGCUGGAAUCUUUUUUUGGCCAAUAGUGUUGUUAAUACCUGAAUUUUGCUAACUUUUUUUGAU